AUGACGGGAGGAUCGAAAUUCGAGGUCUCGAAAUUUGAUGGUCAUGGCAAUUUCGGAUUAUGGCAGACGAGAGUAAAAGAUUUAUUGGCGCAACAAGGAAUUCAAAAAGGGCUGCGUGCAGAAAAGCCAAAGGGGAUGGAAGACGAUGAUUGGCAAGAUCUGCAGGAACGGGCGGCCGGGACGAUUCGGUUGUGCCUUGCAGAUGAAGUUAUGUAUCACGUUAUGCAUCUCAAAUCGGCAGAUGAGAUCUGGAAGAAAUUGGAAUCGCAGUUCAUGUCGAAAACCCUAACGACAAAACUGUAUCUAAAGCAGAGGUUAUACGGGCUGAAGAUGCAGGAGGGGACCGAUUUAGGGCAACAUGUGAAUAUCUUCAAUCAGGUUGUCACGGAUUUGGCUUCACUCGAAGUCAAGAUUGAAGAUGAAGACAAGGCGAUGAUUUUACUGUGUUCGUUACCUCCUUCUUACGAACAUAUGGUGACUACCCUUACAUAUGGGAAAGAAACGAUCAAGACUGAGGAGAUUACUUCAGCGUUGUUGGCUCACAACCAGCGGAAACAGAAAUCUGGAGAGUCAUCUUCGCAAAGUGACAGUUUAUAUGUGAAGGGUAACCAGGAUCGUGGAAGGAAACAGGUGCGGGAUAAUUCAGGAAAUCGGAAUUUCAGAUCCAAGUCGCGAGACAAAUCGAAAGGGAGGAAAACUGUGACGUGUUAUAAAUGCAAGGAACAAGGGCACUUUAAACGGGAUGCCCAAAGUGGAAGAAACAGACUGCUGAUAUGUCAUCCAAGUCUGCAAAUGUGGUACAGAAUGAGGAAUCUGAUUGCAGUGAUGGAGAUAUGUUAUCUAUUUCGACUGCGCACAGUUCUUGAUAAAGGAGAGAGUUCGAGUUCUGCACCUGAUGAUGUUGAUCAUGAUGUUUCUGGCCCAACUGAUGUGCCAGAGAGCUACAAGUUAGCUCGGGAUAGAGUGAGGCGUACCAAUAUACAAGCUCCGAUUGGCUACAAGCGUUGUGAUUUUGAUUGCUGUGUUUACACCAAGAGCCUUGGUGAUGGUUCUAUGAUUUUUCUGCUACUUUAUGUUGAUGACAUGCUUAUUGCUGCCAAGAAUAUGCGAGAUAUUAUUGAUCUGAAAAGGCUUUUGAGUCAGGAAUUUGAGAUGAAGGAUUUGGGGGCUGCGAAGAAGAUUCAUGGGAUGGAGAUUCACAGGGAUAGAGGAUCAAAGAAGCUGUGGUUAUCUCAGAAGGGUUAUGUGGAGAAGGUACUACAGAGGUUUGGGAUGAAUGAAGCAAAACCGGUGAGCACUCCAUUAGCAAACCACUUCAAGCUUUCUGUUGAUCAGUGUCCCAAGUCGGACAAGGAGACUCAGGAUAUGGUGGAGAUACCUUAUGCCAGUGUUGUUGGAUGUCUGAUGUAUGCCAUGGUAUGUACUCGUCCUGAUUUAGCUCAUGCUGUUGGUCAAGUUUGCAAGUAUAUGUCUAGGCCGGGUAAACAGCAUUGGGAGGCAGUCAAAUGGAUUUUCAGAUAUUUGAAAGGUACUGCGGGACAUGGUAUUGUGUUUGGAGAUCAGCGGUUGGAUCCUUUGGUUGUAGGAUAUGUGGAUUCUGAUUAUGCUGGGGACUUGGAUAAUAGGAGAUCUACCACUGGGUUAGCUCUCAGGCACCUCAUUUAUGUGGAUUUCGUCCCUUUUCUGAUGCCAUGGCGAUGGCAGAUUCCGAUUGUCCCGGGCAUUAGGAAGUCCGAUCCUUCCUGCAGUGGUGCCUUGGUGGUCCCUGGGUUGCGACUGUCGGCGGUGGGGAAGGGCGUAGGUUCGGGUUUGAGCUGGUGGUUGUUGUCGGACGACUUGAGGUUGGUGUCUCGGGCUCUCUGGUGUUGGCCUUCUGGUUGUGAUGGUCGUUGUGGUUGCGACAGCCGACAGAGGGGGUGGGAGAGGCCGUUUGCUUGGGUCUCGUGUGGGGGGUCGGGGUGCGCAACUGUUGGCUUGAGGACGAGGCUUCAUGUUCCCUGUUUUCGUUCAAUCCGGCGGUGGUGGCCUUUGGGUUUUGACAGGCAGUGGAUGUGGCGGUGA